AUAUAUUUAUCUAAAUGCAAAUUAUGACAAACUCUGGAGAAAAGCAAGAGAAAUCUACAAACAUGACUGCUGUAGACCCCAUCGAGAAAGCUAUCGGUCGAUUCGGGAAGUAUCAAAUAUGCAUACUCAUCCUCAUAGGCAUUGGCAGAUUACCGACAGAGUUUCAGAUAACAAAUGUGGUUUUCAUCCUACCGAGUGUGGAUUACACUUGUCGAGACGAUGUCACGUCCAACUUGACGAAUGUCUGUCCUUGCAACCAGCCAGAGUACGAUCAAAGCAUUAUGACUAGUUCUGCAGUAACUACUUGGGAUCUGAUAUGUGGAAGGAAGAACUUGGCAAGUGUAGCGCAGUCCAUGCUGCAAGUUGGUAUACUGCUGGGAAGCUUGGGCUUCGGAUACAUAUCUGACAAGUAUGGACGCAAAACCGCAGUUCAUUUGUCACUGUCGGUUUCAGUCAUCAGUGUGGCCACUUCAGCCGCAGUCCCGGAGUUCUGGAUGUUCUGCGUCCUGAGAGUAUGCUGCGGGGUGGGAGUGGGCGGCACGAUGGUCUGUUGCUACGUGCUCUUAAUAGAAAUGAGUGGAAAAUCCUUCAGGCUGUAUCUGAUGGCGCUGAUAGAAGCGUCCUACAUCAUUGGCUACUUCCUGAUCUCUGUGAUAGCUUACUUUGUAAGGGACUGGAGACACUUGCAACUGGUGACGUCACUGCCGUGGGUGUUCGUGUUUCUGUACUGGGCAGUGCCCGAGUCGCCGCGGUGGCUGAUCACGGCUGGCAAGAAGCAAGAGGCUAUCGGCCUUCUCACUCGCAUUGCGAAAAAAAACAGCAUGCCAACGGAGAAUAUCGAGGAAAUCGUAAACGAAAUCGAGAAUGAAUCUUUGAACGCGGCUCAGGAGCAAAAGGGGUCCUACUUGGAUUUGUUCAGGACUCCCAAGAUCCGCAUGUGCACCAUCAUCUCUGCCCUCGUGUGGUUUUCCGUCACCUUUGUCUUCUACGGAGUGAACCAGUACAUCGGCCGGCUCGAUGGCAACAUGCAUCUCAACGUGAUGCUGUCCUCACUCGCCCUCGCUCCCGGCCUCGUCAUCACUAUCAUAGGAGCUCUCCUAUUUUCAAGAAGAGUUAGCAUAGUUUUAAGCUUCUGUAUCUCAGCUUUUUCUCUGCUUCUUUUCUUAGUUAUUCCUAAAUCAAUGGCCGUGUUGUCUGUUGCGUGCGCCAUUGUGGGACAAACAGGGAUCUUUACUGCGUUUAUCCAGGUUUAUUUGUUUUCAGCUGAAAUCUUUCCGACAGUAAUUAGGAACUCGGCACUAGGCUUUGGCUCGACUAUGGCCAGAUUUGGCGGGCUCAUUGCUCCAUUUGUGGUCAAUAUUGGAGUUGAAUGGAUAUCUAUUGUAUUGUUUAGCUCGUUCGCGUUGCUAGCUGCAAUUUUAUGCUGCUUUUUACCAGAAACCAAAGAUAUUGUAUUAAUGAAUUCGAUUAAACAAAUGGAAAAAAAUAAUGACACACCUGAAAAGACCACAGAUAAAGUAUUGAAAUAAUUACGAAGCAGUCUAGCUUCUUUUUAUCAAAUCGGUGACAAACUCCAGUUAUAGCUGGUAUGCUGUCACCGCGAUGUUUGAAAGUAAUUUACAGUAAAUGGAAGGUUGUUGAAAGUGGGUAUUUCAGUGCCUGUAAUACCUUUUCAUGAUUAAUAUUCUAAGUAUACGUCUACCAUAAGUAUAAAUAAAUAUAUGUCCAAGUUCAAAGCAUUGUAAUUAUGCAAUAAGUAAUAUAAAUUUUACUGUGUACCUACUUGAAA